AUGGCCCACCAAGCACAUGCAUAUCAUAUGGUUGAUCCCAGCCCAUGACCACUAACCGGAGCCGUCGGUGCCCUACUAAUAACAUCCGGCCUAGCAAUCUGGUUUCACUUCCACUCAGUAACACUAAUAACCCUCGGUUUAAUUCUACUGCUCCUUACAAUAUUUCAGUGAUGACGUGAUAUCAUCCGAGAGGGGACCUUCCAAGGUCAUCAUACACCACCAGUACAGAAAGGGUUGCGGUACGGAAUAAUCCUAUUUAUUACUUCUGAAGUAUUCUUUUUCCUGGGUUUUUUCUGAGCCUUUUAUCACUCAAGUCUAGCCCCAACACCUGAAUUAGGAGGGUGCUGACCCCCUACCGGGAUCACUACAUUAGACCCCUUUGAGGUGCCGCUUCUUAAUACAGCCGUAUUGUUAGCAUCCGGUGUAACUGUCACAUGAGCUCAUCAUAGUAUUAUAGAAGGUGAACGAAAACAAGCCAUUCAAUCUCUUGCACUUACAAUCCUGCUCGGGUUCUAUUUUACUGCCCUCCAAGCAAUGGAAUAUUAUGAAGCACCUUUUACAAUUGCAGACGGAGUAUACGGCUCAACAUUCUUUGUCGCUACAGGAUUCCAUGGAUUACAUGUUAUUAUUGGCUCAACCUUCUUAGCCGUCUGCCUUAUCCGCCAAAUUCAAUACCACUUCACAUCUGAACAUCACUUCGGCUUUGAGGCCGCUGCGUGAUACUGACACUUUGUAGACGUAGUAUGACUAUUCCUUUACGUAUCAAUUUACUGAUGAGGCUCAUA